AUGGAAGCUGAUCAAGAUAUAAGUAUAGGCUUUGAUGGAGUCGAGAUUCACGGCGCACAUGGUUACCUGAUUGAUCAGUUUCUGAAAGACAAAAUUCGCUCUGGACGUAGUCGAAGCAGUGGUGACCGAGAUCGGUGUCGGUAUCAGAUUCUCGCCAUUCCAGAAGCAUUAGGACUCGACCUAGUGCAAGCUAUGAACACCCAUGGAAUCCUUUACUGUCACAUGGUUGAACCUAGAAUGAAAACCCUUGAAGAAAUGUUCGAGUGCACGGAAUCGCUUACACCGAUGAGAAAUGCCUUCAAAGGAACGUUUAUAGUAGCUGGAGGUUAUAUAUUCUAG